AUGCUCUUUCACCCACUGAUAUAUGGACUUCAGAAUAUUUCAGAUCUACAGAAACAACAACACAUCCAAAUUAUGACCACACUGUUGAAUAAUCACAACUUUGACUCGUCUAGCACGAAAGUUCACCUACAAAAUUUUCAAAAUAAGUUCACUCAGAUAAAAGAUGCUAUCCGAGAUAUAGAAUCACCAACACUAUCUUUAAAAACACCAAACCCAUACUUCUGGCAGAAGGCCACACCAAAGAAAAAUAAGUGGGUCAUCACAGCUGAUAAACUAAUUGGGAAAAUCACAUUCUAUACUCAAGGAACUAUUUGCAUAAGACACUGGGUACUUGAUCAAACGGGACAUGUGAAACCAUGCCCAAACUCAAAAUCAAGAAAGUGGCAUGUGAACAGAUCAUUACUUGAAACGAAACCACUACUAAUCAGUAGACCUAACCAGCAAUACCAAUACAUCUCAGCUCGACACUUAAUAAUACACCACUUUACUCAAGCAUUCACAGACAUUGAUGAAAAACUUUGGGAGACCUUUGUAAAUCUACCAUCAAAGAUAGAGUUAGAAGCGAAAAUUCUGGUAAAAAUUUGGUAUAAUAACAAAAGAGUAAUACCAACAGCAACUAUAUAUAUAGAUAAUAAGCCUAUAAUUGCUAUUCAAAACAAGACCUGGCCAACACCCCAAAAGGUUGGGCUAACAGCCCUAUUAAUUCUCUUAAUACUAACACCCUCUGAAUCUAAAAUAGUACUUAGUACAAAUUCAACAUUUAUCUGUGAUAUUAGAUUUGACCACUAUAGUGAACCUCUUUGGCUACAACAAAUUAAAAGACAAGACUAUGCAGACUACAAGAUAGGCAUCGAUACAUUAAUAAAUAUAAAGUUCUUUAAUGUAGUUCUAAAUUCAAUUACGCCAACUACCGAACACAAUCCUGACCCGGUUUUAACAGAAUUCAUUCUAUCAAAAGCCCUAACACCUAUAGGAGUAAUCACUUCCGAUACACGAACACCCAGAAAUAUAAUUAACGCUAUAGAGUUAUACAACAUGAUAGCAAAACAAAUACACGAGCUAAUCUGGGUACCAUCGAGGGUUGCAGUAUAUAGUUCGCCAGUUCAAAAUAACAAUAGUACAAAUAAUAUGGUAGCUCAAGUAAACCAGAACCAAGAAGAUGAAAU